GAGAAGCGCCGGCUGCAGGAGGAGCAGGACAGAGCCAGGAGAGAGAUGGAGGAUGAGAAGCUCAGACUACAGCAGCUCAAGAGGAAGUCUCUGAGGGACCAGUGGUUGAUGGAGGGAGCUCCUUUGUCCCCAACCUCUCUGGACUCCCAAAGCCCCCGUUCCCCUCUAUGGGGCUCCCAGGCCCAGGAGAUUGAAAACCGCAUUGACAAAUUGCAGUCAGAGAGUCAGCGGAUAGCAGAGGAGGAACAGAAGCUGAAGGAACUGAUGGAAGAUGGCCAAACGCAGGAGGCAGUGAAAGUGGCAGAGGCCAGUGCAGAAAUAAUCCAAGCCGUUCUGCAAAACGGAGAAGACAAUGCAGCAGCAUUGGGAACACUUGAAGAUAAAGUGAAGAUAAACCAAAACCCACUACUGGAUAAAUCUGCAGCUGUCCUAACCAAUGGUGGAGGAGACAUAGAGAUAGACACCAAUCAUAAUGCUUCAGUGCAAAUUAAUCAGUCCGCCCCCAAUGGAUCAGUUGUAGCCUCUGAAGGUGUUGUAAGCAUAAAGUUGGAACCGGCGUUGAACCUGGGUGUUUCUGAAGCACAGCCUGGGCAAGUUCCAAAUGUCAACAUUAAUGAGGAGGAAGAAGAAGGCACUCUGGUGAUCAGAGCACAAUGUGUGAUUAUCACAGAUGAAGGGGAUGAUGUACCUGAGGAUCUCACACCCCGGGAAGAUCAGCAGGAGACUAUGCAGUUAGAGGAAACCCCUCCGCUGAAUCCAGAAGCAGGCAAAGAGGAAGUGGAGCCUGUGGAAGAGGUAGUAAAAACAGAAGCAGGAUUAGAGACUUUAAUGCAACCAGAGAAUAGUGAGGCAACUGAGUCCGCUGCAGAGGCACAGCCAGAAACUGGAGAUGGAGACAUGCAGGGUGGCAUAAAGACAAAUGAUAACAGAGAUGGAGAGACAGAAGCUGAAGGACAAGGCAGACGAUCAGAAGAUCCAACCUCUGGACAGGUGCGGUCCCCACCUAAUGCCCUAGAAGGCUCUACAGUGGCUCUGCCAGUCUAUUCUGAGGUGCAACCCUCCACUCUCAACCCCAAGCUAGGUGCUGAGGGUGAAGCUACAACAACACCAAGGGGAACUGAGGCAGUAUUAGCCCAGGACCCUGCCACUCUGCUUGACCAGUUUGAGGACGUGCCCCUGGCUGAUCCCCAGGAGAACCAGAGAACAGAGGCAGGGCAGGGGGAGCAGGAACCCCUUCUGUCACAGACCAAAGCACCUGAGACCCAUGCAGAGCCACCAGCAGCUAACAGCCCAGCAAGCACAGAGACAUACAGCCCGACCAAGGCUACCCAGGAAGAGGAAACCGAGGCACCCAAACGCAAAACCUGCCAGUGCUGCUCUAUCAUGUAAAAUCCCUCUCCGUACAUUAAUUUUCCUCUCUCCCUCUGCUGUUCAAUUCAUAACGCACUCCUUCCCCCGUCUUUGUUUUAUGCACCAAUCCUUUUUCAAAUCAGAAUGUCCACAGGCUACUCCCCUUUUCCUCUACUAACCUGUGAGGUAUAGACAGGACUUAAGUGCCUUGAUGAGCUUUCUACCCAGCACUACAAUUUUUAAAUUCUCUUCACACAACGUGGACCAAAAUAUGAUUUUAGAAUUUUUUUUUUUUUUUUUUUUUUUUAGACUGAGUUUGAUUUAAUUCUUUCCUGGUUAGCAGAUGAACUUCUGUAUAGGAUCAUUAAAAACAACAUAUUAGAUGCAGUAAAGCAAAAACAGACUAAAUAUUGAUUGUUUUACACUUGCAUCUACAUGUAUAAUUCAUUGGGUAAUUUUCAUAAUCUAAAUAUCAGAUUACUUGGAAAAGUCCAAAGAUCUUAAGAGAUUCAGAGAGGAUAUUGUUCUAAUUUAAUACAUUUAAUGCUGAAUUAUUUUAUUGAUUUUGGUCUUUAAUUAGAGAUAUCUUUAAUCCAAGUAUAGAGCCUGAACAUUUUUAUUCACUCUGUAAUGCAGGUUUUGACAAUACUCAGACUAAUUUAUAAGCAACAGCGUGUUCCACUGAAUAUUUUGUGGGCUGUUGUCAGUUUUAAAAGUGAAAUUAUUUUUGGAAUACUUGAAAGUGUGAAUUUUGUAUUUUUAAUACCAGAUGUGCUUUUGAUGAGAGGCUCCAGACCUCCAGACAUAGCUUUGUGCAAGGAUGUAUAUACUGUAUACAGAAACAUGUGGAACUGAGAUGUCAGCUUUGAAAUGAUUGAUAGAUGGUUUAAUGAUUAAACUGACAUUUGUGAUACAUUG